UUGAAGCCGAUCAGAACUUUCCUCAACCUCCGUAUCUUUGUCUUCCUCUCCUGGGUCCAUAGGUAAGAUUCCUUCCUUUCCUUCCUCUGCGUUUUCUGGAAAGUGGCAAAAAGAAUUUGGCAUUCAUGACGGGAGAUUGCCUGAGAGCUCCUCUUCUGGAAUCGGAACAACGCCACGCAUCCGACGAAGCCGAAGUGGUAGUGAACAUCAACGGAUUCCAUAGACCCCUCAUUCAAAGCUUCUCUAAUCAUAGCAAACAGGUGAAGGGCACGGAGGAUCAGAAUCCUUUCGAUGAAAUCGGCGCCGGAAGUUUCUCCAUUCCGCCGCAAUCGACGAUCGAUCCGUUUCGGAACAACACCCCUAACAUCGAAGGGCUAUAUGAAUGGCUGAAGAUUUUGGUUUGCAUUCCAAUUGUAAUUCUUCGUUUAAUCUUGUUUGGGCUAUGCAUUGCGGUGGGGUAUGUCGCUACCAAAUGUGCUCUACAGGGUUGGAAGGACAAGCAGAAUCCCAUGCCCAGGUGGAGGUGUAGGAUCAUGUGCAUCACUCGAAUGUGUUCUCGUUGCAUUCUUUUCUCUUUCGGGUAUCACUGGAUAAAGAGAAUAGGAAGACCUGCUCCAAGGGAGACAGCUCCUAUUGUUGUAUCUAACCAUGUAUCAUACAUUGAACCCAUUUUCUUUUUCUAUGAAUUAUCUCCAACCAUUGUUUCUUCUGAGUCACAUGAUGCGAUGCCUUUUGUCGGAACAAUCAUCAGAGCAAUGCAGGUUAUUUAUGUUAACAGGUUUUCAGCAUCAUCGAGGACGCAUGCUGUUAGUGAAAUAAAGCGGAAAGCUUCAUGCGAUGACUUUCCUCAAGUUCUAUUGUUUCCUGAGGGUACCACAACUAACGGGAGGGUCCUUAUUGCUUUCCAACUUGGUGCAUUCAUUCCUGGUUAUCCAAUCCAGCCAGUAGUUGUUCGCUAUCCACAUGUGCACUUUGAUCAGUCUUGGGGGAAUAUUUCUUUGGCAAAGAGCAUGUUCAGAAUGUUCACCCAAUUUCACAAUUUCGUGGAGAUUGAAUACCUUCCCAUUAUUUCACCUCUUCAGAACCAAAAAGACAAUGCUGCCCAUUUUGCUGAAAGGGAUGGAGAUGGAAGCAGAUCACAUUGGGCUAUUAUCGAUUGAUUCUGCUGGAUAUGACCCCCGGGUGGCACCCAAAGUUUAUGAGAGUUUGGGUAAGCUAACAGGUGAGUCUGGUUUGAGUAAUUAUCUCUCCAGACAAGCCAAAGUCAUGGAAGAAACACUUACAUAUAUAGGGAAGUAAGAUCAGGCCAUGGGGUUGAAGGCUUUCUAUGAAGAGUUGAUUCCAUCUGGAAGACCAGCACAAUUUCUAACCAAGGUCAAUGUCAUAGAAGAAGCUUACUGAUAUGCAGGGAGCUCUGGUAACAUUCCCUUUAAAGAGUCAAAACUGUAUUUCUGAUUCCACUUGCCUGCGUAGUGGCAUUUAUGUGCCUUUGAAUGCUUUCCUAUAGGUUCCAUACCAUCUGUUUGUGUGUACACCAUGUGUUUUACCUUGGCAUUCAUUUCCAACCAAAUUUUCUAUGAAUAGUUUGUACAUAGAAGAAGCUUACUGAUAUGCAAGGAGCUCUGGUAACAUUCCCUUUAAAGAGUCAAAACUGUAUUUCUGAUUCCAUUUGCCUGCGUAGUGGCAUUUAUGCACCUUUGAAUGCUAUCCUAUA